AUGUGUGACUUGGGGAAGUUGAGAAGGGACCUUGAGGUCGAGUUAGAAGAAGAUGAAGAGGCUAGCUUGCUUGGCAGCGGGGCGUUUGGGAGCGUCAGGAAAGGACACAUCUUCCUUGACAAAAGGCGCGUGCCAGUCGCCAUCAAGUAUGCGAACGAACUGCGGCUGAAGGAAGCCAGAACUUCGCUGGAGAACGAACUCAGGAUUUAUGACCGCAUGUACGAACGUCAGCGACACCCGCAUGUCCUUGAAUGCUUUGGAGGCAAUAUGGGAAAUGACGAAUCUGAGGAUGGCGACAACGAUUUUGAAAAAGCUGGUGAAGACGUCUUCAUCGUGCUGGAGCUGAUGGACAUGAGCCUUCAAAACUUGAUUUACAGUCGAAAGUUUGCCUGCCAUCGACUCUAUCGCACACUGCUGCUUGUCUGUGCACAGAUCGCAGACUCCCUGGAAUUCCUGCACGACAACAAAAUAAUUCAUUACGACAUCAAGCCCUCAAACGUCCUUAUAACGGAGAAGGACGACGCAGAGUUCUGCGGCAGGGCUUGUAGGUUUGUUGUCAAGCUUGCGGACUUCGGGGUGUCAAAACUGAGGAUGCAGAGGUCAACUAAGGCCAGCUUCAAAGGCCAGAUUGGCUACAUGGCUCCUGAAGUUGUCAUGUCCCUGCAUUUCAAGGGAGUGACGGCCACUGACAAAGUGGAUGUGUAUUCUCUGGGCAUACUCAUCUGGGAGUGUGUGACACAGAAGGACCUGGUGAGUGAGUCGAUGGGAGAGUCAGUGGAUGGUCUGACAACCCCCACAAGUGCCAGUCGGAACGGGUCAGACUGUUUUUUGGGCAGCUCCAGACUUUCCAUGCCAAAGAGCGUUCCCAAGAGUCUGAGAGAUCUGAUUGGCAACUGUGUCGAACCUGAUCCCCAAUGCCGUCCAGCUUGCUCUGUGGUUCGGGAAGCAUUGCUGAAGCUUGCAGAUGAGCCCUGGGCCCUGCAAGCCCCUGGCGAACCCAUUGACGGAAGUGCACACAGCACAGCUGCAUUUUCUAUCACCGAUUCUGCAAUGGACAGGCAUGAAGCAAGCUCGAGCGAACCGCAGUGCCCCUACAUCGACUUGGAGAUCGAGGUUGAGUACCCCGACAGGGAUAGCGCAUCGGGUAGUGUAGUGGGGAGGGGACCAUACACAGAUGUUGAGAGAGGGGUUUAUGAGGAUGAGUUUGGUGUUAGGAACAGUGUUGUUGUCAAGCACGCCAAGGCAGUGCAGUAUCAGAACCUGUUCAAGCAUGAGCUGGAGAUGUUUGGACGCCUCCCAAUGCACCGGAACAUCGUGAGAUGCUAUGGCGGGUCUCUUGGGCCGCGCAGGGAGACAGACGAGGACCGUGGCAUAUUCAUCGUCACCGAGGAGCUGGGCCAGAGCUGGGGGUCAUUCCUCUUCGGCAACACCGUUCAGGUCGAAGGCAGCAAGGUCAUCCGCUCAGACACCAGGUACUACACCAUGCUCCAGGUUUUCCACGCCGUUGCCUCGGCUCUGGCGCACUGCCAUCGGAACAGCAUCAUUUAUGGCAACCUCAACCCGCAGAAUGUGCUGCUCGACAGGGAAGGAAGGGCGAAGCUGACCAGCAUGAUGUUUGCCAGGUUCUUUUCCGACAGCAGCAGCUUCCACCCCGAAAUUGCUGUCGUUUCCCCCGAGCUGCUGCUCAGCAGGUUCAACAGGUACCAGAAGUUCACUGAGAAGAUGGACGUCUUUGCUCUUGGCGCCUUCAUGUGGGGCAGCCUGGAGAUAGACGGGGACGCCAUCGACUUGGUGCUCAAACCGCCCAAGGAGACUGAAGACGGGCAGCAGCUGUCUGCUGGCUGUUCUGGCCUUCGCCUCAGUGCGCACUACCCGAGCGAGCUGAGGGACCUGGUGCUCAAAUGCACCGCCUUCAUGGAAGGGGACCGGCCAAGCUGUCAGGAAGUCAUGGGCCGCCUGCAGGAGAUGAUGCUCUCUGCCAUGUGGGUGCAGCGACCCAUCUUCAAGAUCGAUGUGCGCAAAGUCAGCACGGUGCCGUGGAUAUGCGCAACCCCACCUCGACGGUUUGCCAAAAGACGAGGGAAGAAACAAGAGUCGUCAACGCCAGCGACAUGGUUCAGGAAACUGCUGGCCGUUUUGGAUCAGUGGUUUGUCGACAAUAGUUAG